UUGCUGCGGCACAACCAUCGCGGUGGAGCUCCGCGUUAUUACGUUUCAUUGUCGCAUUUAUUGUCAACUGGAGCCAUCAUCUUUUACAGAACCAAGUAAACAUCGGCAGUUCAAACCCCGGUGCCAGGAUCAAAUCCUGUCAGCGCACUUUGACGUUCCACAAGCCAGCCUCGCUUGUUAGCGGCUAACAAAGAGACCCGGAAGUUAGCAACGCUUCGCUAAGCAAAGAUCAAGCGUUGAGUGUCAAGUUUUUGAUUGUGUGAAAAUAUAUGAAAUACUAAUACGGAGAACCCAACUGCGGCUGUUGAGGGAAAGUUUCUGGUGUCAGAACCAUAGCAGAGUACGAGGAGGAACUUUCUCCAACAAAAGAGGAGAACGAGCGACAACGUCAACUACUGGACGCCGUUUUCAGGAAGCAGGAAGUUGUGUUACACACAGCAGUCACUCAAAAAUGGAAGACGUUGUUGGGAUCAGUUCCUGUGAAGUCCCCCUUGAGCAGCAGGACUGGACCUCCAGGGUGGAGCCCCCCCACAUGAAAGAGGAGGAGGAGCACCGGUCCCCCCACGUUAAAGAGGAAGAGGCGGAUCCCCGGCCCCCCCACGUUAAAGAGGAAGAGGAGGAGCACAGCAUCAGCCAGGAGGGAGAGCAUCCGGAAGGACCGGAGGAGUUCCCAGUGAUCGGUGUCAUUGUGAAGAGUGAAGAUGAUGAAGACGACGGUGAAGGUGAGGAGAAGAGAGAGGCGGAGCCUCCAACAGAAGCUGAUGGAGACCACUGUGGAGGAUCACCAGCAGACAAGCUCUUAGCUCCACUAUCAGAUAGUGAGCACACGACGUCACACUCUCCUGACACUGAUGAUGAUGAUGAUGAAGACUCUACAGCUGAUAUGACAUGUCACCCUGACAACACACGCUUGAAAUGCCACCACUGUGACAAGAGCUUCGGCCACAAAAAGAACCUGAAAAGGCACCUGAGAUACCACACAGGAGAGAAACCUUUCAUCUGCUCAUUCUGCGGUCAGGGAUUCUAUGAGAAGGCACAUUUGAUAACGCACACAAGGAUACACACGGGAGAGAAAUCUUUUUCCUGCUCGGUCUGCAAUCGAAUUUUUUGUGACCGUUCCGCAUGGGUGGUUCACCAGAGAACACACACAGGAGAGAAACCUUUUGCCUGCUCAAUCUGCGGUAAAAGAUUCCCUCGUAGGGAAAACCUGAGAACACACACAAGAACGCACACCGGAGAGAAACCUUUCACCUGCUUGGUCUGCAGAACGAGCUUCACUGUCCGUUCGACACUGGUCCAGCACAUGAGAACGCACACUGGGGAGAAACCUUUUGCCUGCUCAGUGUGCGGUGUGGGGUUUUCUCAAAACACGCAUUUAAAAAAUCACAUGAGAACGCACACCGGAGAAAAACCUUUUAGCUGCUCAGUCUGUGAUCAGAGUUUCUCCGUUAAAGCCAGUUUGAUGUCGCACAUGCGAACACACGCUGGACACACGUGACGUGGUCACGCCUCCAUAUUUGUUCACGCUUAGCGGUGCUUUCAUGUGAAAAAUAACAAUUGAAUCGCUCGGACAAACGAGUGUAGAAGGAGCGGCCAAUCGUGGAUCGGUCAUCAGUCAAACCAGUCAGUGAAAGAAUGGCGGUGACGGCACGAACCCGUGUAGCCAUGACAUGUUCUUUGUAUGCCAACUGCGAUCCAGGUCAGGUGUGAUGAUGUGACUCGCCGCUUUGUGGUCUUCUCUACGAGUUUGUCCUGCAGUGAGAAUAAAAGAGCCUUCACGUGGUGCUUA